CUAGUAUUACUGCCUACUGAAGGGGUGCACGGACGAUGCCCAUUCUCUUGUGCUGGUAACCCCUCUCUAGUACAUGUACUCGGCUUCAUAGACCCCAAAUGUAUUGAAACCACUCUGUACAACGUCCGUUGACUCACUCAACUCCAAAACAAUGUCCGAAGUGGCUGCUUUUAGUCUCUCCGCGGAGCCCUCCGACCCUGACUAUCGCUCCCAGUACAACGGCGAACACGACAUGACCAGUCCCACUCCCCAGCGGAUCCCGUUAUUCGUACCGUCUCAGCAUUGGAGUCCUCAUGUAUAGUCGCUCGUCGGCUAUAACGGUUAUUCAGCCCAACAUUACUCAAGCGGCUUCAAGAUGACCCCCUCCAGCUCACCAUAUCACUCUUACGAGCACUGGCAACACGAGUACAACACUUUCCCCUCGAAUACGGCGAAUCUCAACCCCGACACCCAACGACUCAACCCUGACAACUUCCUCGAAGCGGCUGGUGACGCGAAGCGUUCGAAGCUUACCGCCACAGCAACCCCCUUCGUACCCGUCAAGUCCGCAAAGCUCAACGCAGCAGCACCAACCUUCUUCUUAAGCCGCCUAGCAGUCUUCGAUCCUCUAGCCAAUGAUUUCGCAGAGUACCCUCGCAAGUACAACCGCAUUCUCCCCGAUGCGCGCAACAACAAGACCACCGACGCGCUCGUGAUGAUGCAGUGUCCACGCGACGGACAAGUCGGCCGCUUCACGGACGAGACCACGUACGAGUUCAACAAGGGCUGCCACUUCAACGACCCCGUUCUCGCCGAGAUCUAUCAUACUAUGAUUGCGCAGAAGAAACACGACUUCGCUGCCUUCGCCCUGCGAGCCAACAUCAGGCCUGUGAACGACGUGCCUCCGCUUUGGCCGCCUCAUAUGAAUCUCUCCGAUAUCAAGUCUUACUACUUUGAAGUCGUAGAGAAAGACAGUAAGAAAGAGGCGAAGUGGGUUACCAUUUUGCCGAAUGGCUCGCCACCGACUGCCGUGACAGUCCACAUCUACGAGACAGACAGGAAGAAGUGGAUCGCUUUUGACGAUUGGCUCACCAAGAACAUCAAGUCGCGGAAGUGGUUGUCGAAAUCUGUCUGCCCAAUGAUACCCUCUAUCUUUACUCGUGGAUCUAACGUCACUGAGGAAUCUACGCACUGUAGGUUGAGGAUGGUGCGCACGUAG